AUGUCUUUCGUUCAAGGUAAAACCGCCAUUGUAACGGGUGCCGGAUCAGGGAUCUGCUUUGCAUUCACAAAAAUCUUGCUAGACCAUGGCUGCAAUGUCGUGUUGGGCGAUCUAGCAUUACGUCCCGAGGCAGAGGAGCUGGUCAAGCUUCAUUCCAUUCCUAAACACCCAACAGCUAUCUUUCAUCGCACCGAUGUGCGUAACUGGCAAGACAUCGAGUUUUUAUUCAAGACAGCACAGGAAGAAUUUGGUAGGAUUGACAUAGUCUGUCCCGGAGCUGGAAUCUUCGAGCCGUCAUUCUCCAACUUCUGGGUCCCUCCAGGAACUGGAGAAUCUCGCGACGAUCCGCUAGAUUCUCGCUACUCCACCCUGGAUAUCAACCUAACGCACCCAGUGCGCAUGUCACAACAAGCAAUUCAGCACUUCACCAAAGCCAAAACAGACGGCUUCAUUGUGCACAUCUCCAGUGUGGCAGCUCAACAUGCAAAUUUCUUCUGCCCUAUGUAUGCAGCAAGCAAACAUGCCAUUUCGGGAUUCGUGCGAUCCCUCGCGAUGCUGGAUCAUCCUCCCGAAGGGCGUGGUCUAACCAAGAUUCGGGUUAAUGCUGUCGCUCCAGGGGUAAUCAAAACUCCUCUAUGGACGGAGUCAAGAGAUCGACAUAUGUUUGAUGAGGAUAAAGAUGAGUGGGUGUCGCCGGAGUAUGUGGCGGAGCAGAUGCUGCAAUUGGUGUUGAAUCCGGAGUAUGAGGGUGGAACUGUGCUGGAGGUGGGGAAGACCGUGAGAAAGGUGGAGAUCUUGAAUGAUCCGGGUCCGUUGCAAGAGGGGAAUAGCUUGAGUAAUCGACAGAUAGCGGACAAUGAGGUCUGGGGGAAGCUGCAGGAUCUGUCAAGUGGGCAGACGAUGUGA